GUGGGCUUUAGAAGAAUUAAUGUUGACUCAAUUUUGAUGAAAGGCCCAUGAAUACAGCCCGUCUUGAACCCAAGUUAAUGCCCGUCUUGAACCCAAUUUUAUCAAUUCAAAAUCAAACCAAACCAAGUCGACGACCUUAGAACACAAGGACCAAAUCAGAGAUGCCCAAUGCCAACCCUGACCGACAGGGGUCCCACCCACGUGGGAAUUCGUUUCCUACUUUCCUUCAUUACUUAACGGAACCGUCUCUAUCCGUCACGGUCCAUCACGGUCCGUCAGACCGCCCUCCCACUCUCUCCUCAGCGUCUCUCCCUCCUCCCCUAACGUCUUCCGUUCGAACCGUUCCCCUUUCCCCCAACCCUAACCCUAACCCUAACGCCCCCCCAUGGCCUCUUCCGUUGACGACGAUUUCUCUCUCCUCGACGACCACCAAACCAACCCAAACCACCACCACGUCCUCCACCAUCACCACCACCCUUCUUACGCGCCGAUCCACGCGCCUCCUCCAGACAACCACGAUGCUGAUGAUGACUCCGAUUCCGCCUUCCGCGGCGCCAACUUCGACAACAACAACAAUAACGUUACGUCUUCUGACGUUCCGAUCGAGAAGAGGAGAGAUCAAGAGGAGAUAAAUGAUGGCGUUUUGAAGAGACCGAAGCAAUCGACGACGGAGUAUAGAAAAGACAGAGAAGAAUGGAGCGACGCCGCUAUCGGGUGUUUAUUGGAAGCGUAUAUGGAGAAGCUGACGCAGCUGAACAGAGGGAAUCUGAGAGGGAGAGAUUGGGAGGACGUGGCGGCGGCGGUUAGCGAGCGAUGCGAGAAGCAGAGCAAGAGCGUGGAGCAGUGCAAGAACAAGGUUGAUAAUCUGAAGAAGAGGUAUAAGCUGGAGAGGCAUAGGAUGAGUGAUGGCGGCGUCACGGUGAGCCAUUGGCCUUGGUUUAAGAAAAUGGAGGAGAUUGUUGGGAAUUCGCUGCCCGUCAAGGCGGCGCCUGAUGAAGAUAAGGCCGGAGCUUCUCCAGGAACUGCCGUUAGACAAUCCAAAAGCAGAUAUGCUUCAGCUACGCCAAGUUCUGCAGGUCAGAUAAUUAGCAUGAAGUCCAAAAGUCCUAAAUGGCGAAGAGUGGUAUUUAAAAUUAGUGGGGCUGCUCUUGCUUGCACUGGUCCUCACAAUAUUGACCCUAAGGUGGCAAUGCUGAUUGCUAGGGAAGUUGCAAUUGCAUGUCGCCUUGGUGUAGAGGUAGCAAUAGUUGUUGGAGGUCGCAAUUUCUUUUGCGGAGACACAUGGGUUUCAGCAACUGGUUUAGAUAGAAGUACUGCAUAUCAAAUUGGCAUGAUGGCAUCUGUGAUGAAUUCUAUAUUGCUGCAAUCAUCAUUGGAGAAAAUGGGUGUUCAGACCCGUGUGCAAACUGCAUUUUCAGUGCAAGAGGUUGCAGAACCAUACAGUCGGCAACGGGCCAUCCGUCAUCUUGAAAAAGGUAGAGUUGUAAUAUUUGGUGGCAUUGGUGCUGGCACUGGGAAUCCGCUCUUUUCUACUGACACAGCUGCAGCACUUCGAGCUUCAGAAAUUCAUGCUGAGGCAGUUCUUAAAGGGACGAAUGUUGAUGGUGUUUAUGACUGCCACUCCCAGGACAACAAUGCUACAUUUGAGCACAUCUCCUUUAGAGAGUUAGUCUCUAGAGGUGCUACAGCCAUGGACAUGAUGGCGUUAACCUUCUGUGAAGAGAAUGGCAUUCCUGUUGUGGUCUUUAAUCUUCUUCAGCCUGGAAACAUCUCAAAAGCAUUAUGUGGAGACCAAGUUGGUACACUGAUUGAUCAAACUGGAAGGAUAAGCUGAUCUAGAACCACUUGUCAGAUGCAUAUUUAGUUGUGACCAUGGAUAUUGAGUCAGAUUACUGUUAAUAUAAUUUAGUAACAACAAGUGUUCAUGUAAAAAUCCUGCUGCCGUGUUUCUACAACUGAGGUGUGGGUGGAUUCUUGAUUUGAAGAUGCUGCUGCUGUAACAUUUGGAGGCCAGGUUUUAACCUGCGAUGCCAAUAACUAAUUAUUCUCACAGCUAAUUUCUUCAUUGACAAUUUGUAUUCUCUUAUGGUACCAAUAUCCAUUUUAUUUAAAAGUAUUAGAAAUUGUAUCAACUUAUUGAAAGCAUCAGAUGUGGGAGAUAGUUGCUGCAAUGUACGAUUAGUGAUUUACAAGAAUACAAGUGAUACUCUUAGAUUAGGAUUAGAAGUGGUAAGUUGUCACAAGCUGAAACUUAUUAAUGGCAACAUUUACCAGGAACUUUAUUAUUUGCAAAUUUUAGGUUCUCUCAAAUUGCAUACAAUUUGUACCAUUGUUUGUCUUGAGAUUGCAAUUAAUAGAAGGGUGAGAACCAUGAAAACAUCUAUCUGAGCUGUACUUUUGAA